AUCUCUCAUCUUGCAUCAUGUGAAACGUUAAAGGGAAGACAGCCGUCAUCGCCACCUUCCACUCCUUAGAGUGACCCCAGCACUAACUGCAAUAAAGCUACCUGCAUCCUCCCACCCCGCCAAAUCCAUCAAUGUUUUUACAGCCGGCUCAAUGAGCAACCCUGACGUCUGCGUAGUUAAACAGCAAAAGGAUAAUUUUCCAAGCAGGACGCCAGCCUCCUCCCAAGGAACCUUCUGAGUUGAACCGCCAGGUGGCGCAUCUCUCGAAGGGAAUACCUCUCAGUCAUAAACGGAGGGGUAGUUGCCGGGCAACUGAAAACUGGGCGUUCCAAACACUUGGGACCAGGUACCCUCAGCGAGCCAGGUCCUGCUGCGGCCGCGUUGAUCUCCAGGGAAUAAACGUGUGUCCCUGGGUCUUUAAGCAUGCCUCACACUCAAGAAUCUUUCUCGCACGCUGUGAUAAGUGAUGAAGACAACAACUUGGGAAAUCCGCGGACCGCUAAGAAAUUGCUGAAUAAGAACCCAGCUCACCUUGCUCAGCAUCAGGAACCCUGGACCCGGCUCAACGCAAAAGCCACGAUCACCUCCAAGAGGCGAGAAGCCUACUUUUUUGAUCCUAAGAUACCAAAGGAUGAUCUGGAUUUCCGCUUAGCAGCCUUGUAUGACCACCACACCGGGAUAUUCAAGAACAAAACUGAGAUAUUGUUGCAACAGGAGACUACUGAGGAUAUCCGUAAGAAGCAGAUGCAGUUUCCUGGAGAAUCUCUCCAGGCUCCUCCAGCACCCAUUACUUCCCGGGCUAACAUCAGGCACUGGAUUAGCCCUAAGAAAGAGUCCAUCCAUAGCAUCCAGGGAUCCAUAGUGUCUCCUCAUACUGCAGCCACCAAUGGAGGUUACUCCCGAAAAACGGAUGGUGGCUUCUUCUCCACCUAGUGGUGACAAACCAGGCCAGUUUCAUCAUAGUGGAACAUCUUGCCUCCCAUCUUCAGUAAAUAGGUUUGUUCAAGAUGAAGCCUGAAGUGUCUGUUGCCCGUGGCACUUUUGACCACUCUUAAACUAAUGAAAAUCCCCCGAUUCUAGAAACUACUUCUGUUGGGUAAAAUUGCACCUUGGAAAGUCAUUUUGGCAGAAGUAAGGAUUUAGGACAGGACAACACUGGUUUGGAUGGGAUGCAUCGGCACUAAAGGUCAGGGAAACAGGAAAUAGACAUAGCCCGUUCUUUUAAUCAGCAGGUUAUCACUAUGAUACUAAGAACUCCAAGAUGCUAACUGUGAAGGUCACAUGAACAGAUUUUAGACCUCUAGAGUUUGGUCAUCUGCUUUUCUGUGAGAGCUCCAUUUCCCUGGCCCUGUUCCUUGCCAUUGCUCAGUCUCUGACUCUGCCACCACCUGGAGUCAACUCUCUUUUCUGUGUUAAUUUUGCCUGUGGCACAUAGCUCCAACCCUCACAAGCAUCAAUUCCAAAACUUGAUGUUUGGAUUUCAAGGUUCCAAAAAAUUGGACGCCUUAACAUGAUUGCUGAUCUUACAAGUCAUGGUGCUGAGGAGGUGGCUCAGCAGAUGAAGCGCAAGCACGAGAGCCUGAGGUUUGGAUCCCCAGAACAUCUGGGGGCAGGGAUGAGGGCGAGAAAGGCAAUCCCGGGGGCUUGCUGGCCGGCCAGUCUAUCAGAAUCGACUGAGUUCCAGGUUCUAUGAGAGAUCCUGUCUCAAACAAUCAAAUAACAAGGCAGACAGAGAGAGAGGAAAAUACCCAGCUUUAACCUCCGGCCUGCACAGGUGUGUAAGCAGGGGCAUGGGAAUCGGCACAAACAUGCACAAAAAAAUUUUUUUUAAUUGAAAAAAAGUACCUAUCACUAAAAGAAUCUGUUGUCACAAAAAAGUUUGGGCAAAAAUGGCCCAAUGACCUUUUGAAUACUGCACUAUAAGGUAUGUGUAGUGGUACAGACUUAUAAUUCCAGCCCUCAGCAGGUAGAGACAGAAGAAUUGUAGAAAGUCCCAUGUCUAAUUAAGUCUGACAGCAUUUCGUCAUUUAUAAGUCAGAUACAAAGGGAGUUGUUUUCCCAGGAACUGCCAUAUUCCCUUUAUAUUAAAAUCUUCCAGGGGCUGGAGAGAUGGCUCAGUGGUUAAGAGCGCUGUCCGUUCUUCCAAAGGACCUUGGGUUCAAUUCCCAGCACCUACAUGGCAGCUCAUAACUGUCUCUACCACCAAUUCCGAGGGGUCUGACACCUUCAACAUAAAAUGAAAAUUAAAUAAAUUACAAAAAAAUGUUUAAAAAUAUUCUAAAAAAAAACCUUCAGUUUCCUCAGUUAGCAUCUGCUGCCAUGUGGCAAUAUGAAGUUUCCACACUGGGAAGCUGAGACAGGAAUAUCAGGAAUUCAGGAUUGAUUGUCCUUGGCUAUAUAAUGAGUUCAACGUCAGCCUGAGAGCACUCAUUCUGAAAAUUUGAACAAGAAGGAAUUCUCACAAUUUCAUUUCUCAGGGCAGCAUUAGCCUGAUCCAAAACUAAAGAUAAAGAUACACAUACUCUUACACACACACACACACACUGACUCAUGCUCUCACACACAUAUGCAUAUGCUCACACAUUCACACUCACAUUUAUGCACACUUAAAUACAUAUUACACACAUAUAAGCACCCUCUCACGUGCACACAUCUUUUUUUAAAAAAGGAAAACUUAAAGACCUAUAUCUGUAAUGAACAUUAUGGUGGUUUGAAUAAGAAUAGGUUGGGGUUAAAAGGUAUGCACCACCUCUUCCGGCUAGGCUCCCAUAUUUGACUGUUUCCCAACUGGUGGACUGUUCUGUAGGGAUUAGGAGGUGUGGCCUUGUUGAAGGAGUUGCGUCCCUAGGCGUGGGCUUUGAGGUUUCAGAAGUCCACACCAUGACUGCUGCCAUGUCCCCUGCUGUGAUGGUCAUGGACUAAUCCUCGGAAACUGUAAGCAAUGUUCCAAUUAAAUGUUUUCUUUAAAAAGUUGCCUUGGGCUGGAUAGCUAGCUCAGAGGUUGAGAGCACUGUCUGCUCCUCCAGAGGUCAUGAGUUCAAUUCUCAGCAACCACAUGGUGUCUCAGACCAUCUGAAUAGGCAUCUGAUGCCCUCUUCUGCCAUGCAGGUAGAACAUUCAAAUAUAUAAAAUAAACAAAUAAAUAAAAAGUUGCCUUGGAUUGCUGGGCAUGGUGGCUUAUGCCUUCAAUCCCAGCACUCAGGAGGCAGAGGCAGGUGAAUCUCUAUGAGUUCCUAUCCUGGUCUACAAAGUGAGUCCAGGACAGCCAGGGCUAUUGCACAGAGAAACCCUGUCUUGAAAAGCCAAAGAAAAAGAAAAAGAAAAAGAAAAAGUCGCCUUGGUUAUGAUGUCUUUUCAAAGCAAUAAAACAGUAAUUAAGACAAAUUUAAAUGCAAAAACUCAAGGUACUAACCAUACAAUGGCACAUUAAAAGGAUUACUUACUGUGAUCAAAUAAGUUUAAUAUGUAUGAUAGUUUAAUAUGUAAAAAUCAACAAACGUGUCAACAGACUGAAAGAUAAAACCCAUAUGAUCAUCUCAGCAGAUGGAAAAAAAGCAUUUGAUAAAAUUCAACAUUCCAGGCUGGAGAGAUGGCUCAGAGGCUAAGAGCACUGAUUGCUCUUCCAGAGGACCCAAAUUCAAUUCCCAGCAACCACAUGGUGGCUCACAACCGUCUAUAUUGUGAUCUGAUGCCCUCUUUUGGCAUGCAGGUGUACAUGCAAAUAGAGAUUCGUGUAUAUAUAUAAUAAAUCUUUUUUAAAAG